AUGGAGAAGCCGUGGUGUAAUAUGUGGGGAAACAUGAUCGAAAACGCGAUAGCACCGGUCUUCAAAGCCCCCUCGCCCGAGCUGGCUGCCAUGUAUAAAUUACAGAGACAGCAGAUUUUUACGACACAGCAAGAGGCCGAGCUGGUACAAUAUCCUGACUGUAAAUCGUCCAGUGCUAAUAUUGGCGAGGAACCAGACCACUUAAAUCAGAGCUCGUCUCCUGCUCAAAUGUUUCCCUGGAUGAGACCACAAGCAGCGCCUGGUAGGAGGAGAGGAAGACAAACAUACAGCCGAUUCCAGACUUUAGAGCUGGAAAAGGAGUUCCUUUUUAACCCCUAUCUGACCAGGAAGAGACGGAUCGAAGUGUCCCACGCCCUAGGACUCACCGAGAGGCAGGUAAAGAUCUGGUUUCAGAACAGAAGGAUGAAAUGGAAAAAAGAGAACAACAAGGACAAAUUCCCUGCUUCCAGGCAGGAGGGAAAGGAAGGGGAGGCCAAAAAGGAAGCACAUGAUCUGGAAGGAGAAAGAGACGAAGACCAGACGAAUUAAAUUUUG